CUGCCUUCAGUUGUUUACAUACGGCGUCUGGAUUGCCAAUUGACGUAGUUUAGCCGCGACCACUUGGGGACCACUCGCCAAACUUGCUGACUAUCCUUCACUCCACAAGCCGCCUCUUACCAGCGCAUUACCUACAUUCUGCCAAGAUGAUGCUUAAAGCUGGAAACCGACCUGUGGCCCUGCGCUCGGGCCGCAGCGCGACUGUGUCUCCAAUCAGUCGCGUUGUGUCCCGUCCCCAGCAGCUGCAGAGGCGCAUAUGCACUGCUGCAGCUGGUCAGAAGGACGCAUUUCCGUCCGGGCCGUAUCCUAUUCCGCCUGGCCCCGUUGGGCACUUCUACCGCGAGACCGAGAAAUGGCCCACCUCUGAGACCGUUAGGCUUCAGCCGCAUGACUUAAACGAGGUAGACUAUGUUGACCUGGUGGUGGCUGGCGCGGGCCCGGCUGGUGUCGCGGUGGCCUCCCGCGUCGCUGCCGCGGGCUUCUCAGUUUGCGUUGUCGACCCCGAGCCGCUGGCCCACUGGCCCAACAACUAUGGUGUCUGGCUCGAUGAGUUCCAGGCGAUGGGGCUGGAGGACUGCCUGCACGUCAUCUGGCCCAAGGCCAAGGUCUGGCUCAACAGCGAGGCCGACGGCGAGAAGUUCCUGAACCGCCCCUUCGGCCGCGUGGACCGGCCCAAGCUGAAGCGCAUCCUGCUGGAGCGCUGCGUCGCCUCGGGCGUGACGUUCCUUGACGCCAAGGUGUCGGGCGUGAGUCACGGCGGCGGCUGCAGCGCCGUCAAGCUGGCGGACGGCCGCGAGAUCCGCGGCAGCCUGGUCCUGGACGCCACCGGCCACUCGCGCCGCCUGGUGCAGUACGACAAGAAGUUCGACCCGGGCUUCCAGGGCGCGUACGGCAUUGUGGCGGAGGUUGAGUCUCACCCGUUUGCGCUGGACACCAUGCUGUUCAUGGACUGGCGCGACGACCACACGCAGGCGCCGGGGCUGGAGGCCAUGCGCGCAGCCAACACCGCGCUGCCCACCUUCCUGUACGCCAUGCCCUUCACCAAGAACCUGGUGUUCCUGGAGGAGACCAGCCUGGUGUCGCGGCCCGCGGUGGACUUCCCCGAGCUCAAGGACCGCCUGCAGGCGCGGCUGCAGCACCUGGGGAUCAAGGUGACCAACGUGCUGGAGGAGGAGUACUGCCUCAUCCCCAUGGGCGGCGUGCUGCCCAAACACCCACAGCGCGUGCUGGCCAUUGGCGGCACAGCCGGCAUGGUGCAUCCCUCCACGGGCUUCAUGAUCAGCCGCAUGAUGGGCGCGGCGCCCACGGUUGCCGACACCAUUGUGGAUCAGCUCAGUCGCCCCGCCGACAAGGCCAGCGAGUCAGGCGCCCCGCUGCGCCCCUCCAGCGAGGCGGAGGCGGAGUCCAUGGCCGCCGCCGUGUGGGCCGCCACCUGGCCGCUGGAGCGCGUGCGGCAGCGCGCCUUCUUCACCUUUGGCAUGGACGUGCUGCUCAAGCUCAACCUGCCGCAGAUCCGGGAGUUCUUCAGGGCGUUCUUCAGCCUCAGUGACUUCCACUGGCACGGCUUCCUGUCCACACGCCUGUCGCUGCCGCAGCUGAUUGUGUUUGGCCUGACGCUGUUCUGGAAGAGCUCCAACCAGGCUCGCGCCAGCCUGCUGCAGCUGGGCAUCCCCGGCCUGGUGGUGAUGCUGUCGGGACUGGCGCCCACACUGGGAGGCGGCUACUACCCAGACACAAUGUCGCUCAAGGAGCGCAAGGACGCAGUGGACGCCGCCGCGCGCUCCGCCGCCGCCGCCGCCCGCGCCGCCGCGGACGUGGCCAGCGACGCCGCCGCCUUCGUGUCCGCCAACUCGAGCGGCGCCGACAUGGCGGUGGUGGAGGUGGUGGAGAAGGCGUUCAGCACCAGCAACACCAAGUAAAAGUAGUUUGGUGUGGCUGGAAGCUGGUGACGCUAGCGAGCUAUAAAUCGUGUGUACGCUAAAUGGUCAAGGGGAGAGCGAACCUAGGUUACUAGAGGAGGUUGGGCUGCUGUAGCUGCGCAUCGCGGCGAAGUGGCCGCUGCAGCUGUUCGGCGGACCUCGGCGAAAAAAUGCAGCGGCACGGCGGCGGGCCCACACACUGGGCGGCAUUGCGGGACGCACGACACUCCCAAAGGAGAGGGCUCAGGAACGCAGACCAGGAGCGCGGGAUUGAGAGGAGCGCAGCUGGAGUGGGGAUAUGGGGGCGUUGGUGCGCAUCCCGCCGCCGACAAUCAGACGGAGUAGCCCAAAGGCCGGAGUGGAGGGGCAGCAGGGACCCAACUGCUUGGGAGCGGAGGCUGCAGCGUCUGGCCGAGCGCGGCCGAGAGGGCCCACCGCUACGGGCAACGUGCUGUGUUGUGUGUGUGUAUGCGUGUGUGCACGCGUUACCCAGCACGUACAGCAACAUGUCACCUUUUGCACACACGCACAAGUUUUGGUGUUGUUUGUGUAUUUUACUGGCCACUAUCCAAGGCGCGGCAGGGUGUGUUUGUGUGUUGUUUCGAUCGUCGUCGUGUCGAUGUCGUCGUCGGGGCCCACAGGCGUGUGUGUGUGUGUGUAGCAGCUCAUGUUUUGCAUGGUGGUCUGGCGAGGAAGAGAGCGCAGUGGCGGCGGCGGCGACGCAAGGAAUGUGUGCUGCGGCGGCCGAGAGGGCCGGUGCGGUGUCGUGGAAGGCGUUGAGGCGUCAGGGUGUGGCGUAGGCAGGUGUUGGGAGGCGGCUCUCGACUUGCAUGUGGGCUUGUGCGUGUGUGUGUUUGGGUUUGGCUGGUGGGUGGUGCUUCGAAGGGGCGCAAUAGGUUCCACAGAUAGAGGUGUUGAAUGAAGCAAUACAGAAAUACGGUAGGGUUGACACGGCAACUCACUUGAGGUGGGAGCACAGCCGCUGCGGGUUUGCACAGCGGAUGCAGCGCUGCCGCUUGUGUGCCAUACACAGUCUGAGAGGUCUGCGUGGAGAGAUAUAGAGAGAGUGCGACUGCACGAGCGAGGGGGUUCCAGGGUCCAGGACCCUGGCCCACGAGUGGGGAGAGAGCCUAGUGUGUUGUUGAGAGCGAGAGAGGACGUCGAGCGCGGUGCGGGAACGGACGGAUGGCGACCGGCACGGCAAGUGGUCGAAAGCCACAAUGCAGUCGUUAUCUCGGUUAUAUGGAUGGCGGUCGCAAAACAACCUAAUGGACUUGAGCGAGAGCGGUGAACAGCGGCGGUACUCCAGUCGCGCACACGCCCGCCCGCAUGUAACAAUGACAGGCA